GCUUUCACAAUUGUUUGUUUUGGUUUAUUGGUUAAUGUGUAUCGGCUAAAAUCAUGUUUAUGAAAUUUCUUCUUUUGAAGUGCGAAAUAUUCUGCAAUUUCUGUAUUCGUGUGAAAUGAGAUAGCUUGGUAGCAAUAUUUUAAUUCAUCAGAAAUUAGUACUUAAUAGGAAACAAUAAUUUCCCAGUAUUUGCACUAUUGAUAAUUAAGUUAUGUCUCGCAUUACAGACGAUAAUUGGGUUAGAAGGUUUGCGGUUUGUGACCCGAGAAGACACAAGAAAGGUUUUACUGUUUAUAAGGUUACUUCGGUUGUUUUUCCCAAGCACAGCCCUGACGCUGCUAGUCGAGUGGUGGUAUGGAAGCGAUACAGUGAUUUUAAGAAUCUUCAUCGUGAAUUGAAAAUCAAGCAUAAAAAAUUACAUCUGAAAGAUACCUUUCCAGCUUUUGUUAAAGCAAAGUUUUUUGGAAGAUUUGAAGAUGAAGUUAUUGAGGAGCGAAGACUGUGUGCAUUGAACUUACUAGAGUUCAUAGGAAAAAACUCAGUUCUGUUCACCAGUAAUGUUGUGGUGAAGUUUUUUGAGUCGGGCUACACGAUGGAGGAGCAGCAGGCGCCCCCGGAGGUGCAGGUGGUGGUGACGGACGAGAGUUGUUGGGGCGACAGUGCCACGGGAGUGGACCAAGGGAACCCUGCCCCACACGCCCCUGCCCCGAUGCUCGGCGGCACGUGGCAGUUCCCGCAGGCCCCCGACAACAUCUCCCUCAGCUCGCACAGCUCGGACGACCGCACCACCUUCACCGACACUGACUCGGUCGUGAGCGGAGUCAGCUCCCCGCUGCAGGCGACAGAUUUGCAGUUCUUCGACCCCCUCGCGAAAAAUGUAUCUGAGGCCGGUGUUUCACCCGUCUCUGAGAGCUCCUACAAACAUUCAGGCGUGAGCAAUAGCAUUCUGCUGUCUACAGAGCUGUCUUCAACAACAGCUUCCAAGCCGGACUGCGUGUCGGUGCAAACCCAGGACUUCCGCAUGGCCGCCGGCCAGGGCGACGGUGGGGCGGGCUACUCCCAGGUCGUGGAGGGGCUGCUGAGCUCGGACGUCUUCCUCCCCUCCGGCGACGCCCCGGGGCCCGGCCGCCAGGACGUGAACUAUGUGUUCGAGGCAGCGUACCACGUGGGGCGAGCGCAGCAGUAUGAGGCUAGCGAGGACUAUGAGGCCGCGUUCGCCUUCUACAAGGCAGGCGUGGCGUGCCUCCUCAGCGGAGUGCAAGAUGACCCAGAUCCAAAGAGGAAGCAGGUAGUCAAGGUCAAAACAACUCGGUAUUUGCUGCAAGCUGAGCGAAUCUACAACCAACACCUUGCGUGUAAAACAUCAGCCAAUUUUGGCCACACGGCGGCGACGAGGCAGCUCUGCCCGGCGUCCCGGCUGGCACGCCCUGCUGGGGAGCUGAUCCUGUACAAGGUGCUGGGGAUUGUGAGCAAGGUGAUGCUGGUGCUGCAUUCCGUGGACGACUGCUGCUACGUCAUGAAGGUUGUUCACAAAAGUCCUUGCCCUGUUGGACCAGAUAAGCGCACAAUCAUACCGCAGAAUGUCCCCUUCAUGGUUGCAUUGUACAAGUAUUACGAGACAGAAUCUGGGAUCUUCCUUGUUUUGAAGCAUGCCAGUGGUGGAAAAUUGUGGGACCACGUGGGCUCGUACUUCCAGUCACUGCCCCAAACACCCACACGGGUGGCCACCAGAGAGGGCGAGCAAACUGUGACUAUAAAACCUGGGACAGAAGCUCCGACCAACAAAGCUGUCGUAGAACCACACGAUGGCAAGGACCAGGACGAUAGUUACUUGGAACUAAUAGAGGACUACAAGUCUUGUAAGAACGGGAUUGCAAAUCCCGAGGACAGCGGUGAUGCUCCGAACGACGUUGUGUCGGAAGUGACAGAGGGCCUGAAGAUCCUGAUGCCUAUUUCGGGCAGCAAGGAGUCUGUCCACCAGUUGGCGUGCCUACCGGACGUGGGGAGCGUGAUGUCAACACCUCGCAACAUGGUCCCGGACCUGGUGCCGCAGCAACGGUGGGACGAGGGGGGUGACGUCGCAACUACAGACCUGGUCGCCAAGGCCCAGAGGCUGUUGGAGUCCGUGAGCAGGACCUUGCAUGCCAGCGAGACUGCUGCGAGCUUCGCCUUCAAGGAGCCCAGUGUCGAGAGCCCGGGCCAACAGGAGGUCAGGUCCUUGCCAAAGAGUAAUCUGUGUGGGAUCAGCCACUCUCCGGUCGACAUAUCCCCAAAAAUUGGAAGACGGCGAGAAAGGCUGCGUUUUUCCGGUAGGAAACUUGGCCGCCGGUUUUCUGUGGAGAGGCGCUAUAGCAGUGACGACCUGUUUGAGGGCCGCGGGAGGGCAUGCUCCGGCAGCCUGGAUUGCCUCGAAGCCAAGGUGGGGCAGUUGGGGCCUCGGCUGCCCGAGGCCACGGUGCGAGUGUGGGCUGCAGAGAUGCUGGUGGCCAUCGAGACUCUUCACCGCUGGGGCAUCAUCUGCAGGGACCUGAACCCGGACAACGUGCUGUUGGGGGACGGGGGCCACGUGUUCCUCACGUACCAGUGCCAGUGGGCGUCGGUGGACUGCGUGCUGAGUCGGGAGGCGGUGGAGAGCCUGUACGCCGCGCCGGAGGUCCGGAGCAUCUUCCCGCUGACGCCCGCCGUCGACUGGUGGAGCUACGGGGCGUUGCUGUUCGAGCUGCUCACCGGCAAGUCUCUGUACUACUGCCACCCGGGGGGCAUACACAACCACACCAUCCUGAACGUCCCAGAUUGGGUGUCGGAUGAAGCCAGGCAUUUGCUCACAGAGUUGCUGAGGUUCGAUCCUGGCGAAAGGCUUGGCUCGGGCAUGAACGGCACCCAGGAGCUGAAGUCUCACCCUUUCUUCUCGAACGUCAACUGGGACAGCAUCCUGGACGUUGGGACCGCCUGCUCGUGAUCGCAUCCGGAACCGCGUAGUCGUGUCCUGAGAUGUGUUGGUCAGACAGUGAGGUGGCCUGCUGAGCUAUGUCCUUCGAGAGAUGGCGUCGGAGGCAUGAGCCCCACUCGCAGUUGGAUGUCCGUCGUGUUCUUGGCAGCUGUGACGAUGACGUAUCUGAAGCCUAGUUUGGAAAAUACUUGGUGUACUGCUUCUAGCAAGUACACCCAUUACUAGGGCCACGAUUUUUUCGCACAAGCGAAAUAACGCGAAAUAAAACGAUAUUGAGAGUUAACACCACCGAAACGCGAAAAAUAGAAUACGUACCAUAUAAACACGAAAUGCAUUACAAUAACAUCGUUAGAUGCCAAAUUUUUGUUUACGACGUUUCUUGGAUCAAUUAUCUUUGUAGGCGUUUCAAACACACUUCUCCAAUAUACAAAUAUAACAGAAGAUUUUAAUAUUUCAUAGUUUUUUCACGGAUAAUAAUCUUCCUAGUUUUAGGUUAUAUCAAACAUUGAAAAUAUUUGGUUAUAUACGCACGUUAGAAAAACAGUGCCGCCAUUAUGCGAAGAUUGUGAACAGACACCUUUAGCCAACACGCAAAGCGCAAAUACAAUUGUAUUGAGCGUAAUAAUUUUCCGCGUGCGUUUCAUAACGUAAUUUAAAAGCUGGGAAAAAAUUUGUCGUUUUUUGACUAAGUAAAUGUACUGCAGCACCCGAAGCUUUAAAAUCUUUAUGACGUGCAGCGCAUCGCCAGUGUAAAGAGAAAAAAAAAAAAUUAAUGUUUCGUGUAUUGGCACGAUUGCAUUAAACAUAAUUUUUGUAAAAAAAAAAAGUGGUUUACAACGUCCGUGACUAUACUUUUGCCGUGCUGAAAUUUAGAUUUAGAGUUAUAUUUUCAUUACAUUUUACAACAUUUUACGUUCGUUAAGUUUUCGUGGAUUUUUUUCUCUGUGUUCCUGUUUUAGGAAGAUGUAGAAACAUCGUGUAACAAACAAAAAAAAAUGCCUAAAAAUAAACCAACAGUGGCUGCACGUGCAGCAGAAUUUUCAAAAGAAGGGUUUUAUGUGAGUGACGGUAAAAUACUGAUGUGUAAAUUUUGCGACUGUCGUUUAGAGUUUGAAAGGAAAGAUACACUAAACAAACACACUCAGUCCGAGAGACACAAAAAUGGGAAGCAAAGGCAACAAACUUCAAAACGGCAGCUUUCAAUUUAUGAGGCAGAGCCAGUGCUAAAACGAGCCAAGCAACAAAAAGAUGAAUUUGUACUGGAAACAGUUGAAGCAUUUAUUGCUGCUGGAAUUCCUGUUGAGAAACUGGACAGCUGCAAACUUAGGGAAUGGCUAGCAAAACAUGUCGGUGGUGCUGGUGAUAUACCUAGUGCAGACUGGGUAAGAAAAAAAUAUAUUCCUCUUUUAAGGGAAAAGAAAGAGGCAGAGAUCAGAGAAAAAGUGGCAGACCAGAAAGUUGUAAUUAUGGCAGAUGAAACCACAGAUAAAGCAAAUAACUGUGUGUUCAAUAUUCUUUUCCAGAUAUUGCAACCAGGGGCAGAACAUAGCAUUUUACUUGGAGCAUCAUGUGUACUUGAAGCUGCAAAUGCUGUCAGCUGCUCGAAAGCUGUGAUUGACAUAUGCACCAAGUAUGAAAUCAAAGAAGAAAACAUAGUUGCAUAUGUAACUGACGGUGCUAGAUAUAUGACCAGAUCUGCAAGCACUUUGAAAGGUAUAUUUGGUGAACAUGUGUACCACGUGCAGUGCUGGGCACAUAAAAUCAAUCUGGUAGGGCAGAUCUGGCAGAACAGUUUGGAGGAUUUAAACCUGUUUGUGAUCAAGGUAAAAAAUGCUUUUUUGAACACACGAAAGAGACGGCAUGCUUACCUCAACUUUUUGAGGGACAAGAAUGGAGAAGAUAAUGCGAAGAUGUUUCCACUGCCCAUUGUGACACGAUGGAACACGUGGUUUCAUGCUGUUUUCUACCUGGCUGACCACCUGCAUAACAUUGUUAGCUUCUUCGAACAACUGAGUGAAGAAAAUAAUGCUGGUGUGAAAUUCAUAAAGGGACUGCAAGAAACUGAGAUACAAGCCCUGGAAGCUCAGUGUGUGUUUGUCACUGAAAAUUGUGCCUGCUUUGUUGACACAAUAAACUUCUUGGAGGGAUCCUCCUACCCAACUGCCCACCUCCUCUAUUCAAAGCUUCAGAAGCUUCAAAUUUCAUUGGAAGUUCUAACAAAAGGAAUUUUUCCAGAGAGUGUUGAAAAGUUACUGAGCAAAAUGAAAAGUGUUCAGUCUGCAGCCUUGAAAGAACUGUUCAAACAGACAUCACAGCUUAGCUUACUAAAGCUACAUGAUUUGGUCUCAAGUGAUCCUUCUCAUGCACUUUUUCGUGAUAUUUAUGCCCUGCUCAACCCCAAAAAUAUUGGGAAUGUGAGUAUAGAAGGCAAAAACUUCUCCAAAAUGGUUGAUUCUCUACCGUUCCUACAAAAUGUGCCAAGAACUGCAGUGGCAGCAGGUUAUAUGUCCCUUCAAAAGCUUGUAAACAUUGAACUACAAAAACCACACACAGACAAUGUAGACAUAGUGAACCUCAUGUGUCAACUAAAAUGUGACUUUCCUGAAUUUGCUGCAGCUGCACUAAAAUUAAUGUGGAUACCAACAUCAAAUGUUGACACUGAAAGGUCAUUUUCUAAAUAUUCUGUAAUUGUCAGUGACCGGAGAAGAUCUCUUUUGCCUGAGAAUGCAGAACUUUUAACUAUGGUCGCUUUCUCAUGAUUUGUGAAUAAUGAUAACCAAUAUAAAAUACUGCCACCUAUAUAUAAAUGUGCCUUUACCAAAUAUGAGAAGAACAAUGUCAAAAUUAUGUCCUAAGUUAUGUUUAUCGUGUUUUUAUACUUGCUUUUAUACACAAUCUACACCGUUAGUAUUUAUUUACUUUGAACAAUGUUUUAAUUAACUUUAAGCAAAAAUUGUAAAUAUUAAAAUAAGGGAUUAUAAUUACAUUUAAUAUCACUGUCCUUAAAUCUUCGAAAUAAAUCAUAAAGACAAUACAAAAGAAAUUUGAAUUUUUAUGACGAUAAAGACGAAAUCUCAAAAUCUUUAGGACGAAAUUUCCCAAAAAAUAAAACCGUAAAAUCUUGGCUCUACCCAUUACUCACAAGCACUAUACCUGAGUUGUGGUACAGAUGUAUGAUAAUCUUUUGCCAGUGGGGUUGUUCUGGCCAACUGCCUACACCAAAGCUUGUGUGCUUGCAUAUUUAUACAGAGUUUAUUUAUUACCAAACAAAACUUUUUUAUUGAAGGAAUGUUCAUGCUCUUUGCAUUAUAAAGUAAGCCAUGUACUUUUUAUUGUUUCUGUGGGAUGAAUUUCAUUUAGUUGGAAGAUGUGUGUUUAAUUUAUAAAUUCAGUUGAUCCUUAGUUACCUGUUGUUAUGGAGAAAUUUUUAGUGUUACAAAUAACUCUGAAACCAGUUUGUAAGAUUCUGCAUUGGAAACUAGAGUGCUAGCUAGCGUUUGCCAGUGCAUAGCCCAUACUUCCCUCAUUCCUUUGUGUACUUCUGUUUGCUAGUGACAAUAAAUGAGUUUGUAAAUGUGA